AUGGAGAAGCCGCCUCUGUUGCCCAACUCCCAGCAGGCCCUGACAUAUAAUGUGUCCAUUCCUUCUCAAGGGUCGGUCCCUGUCCAGGUGGACUUUCAACAUCUGUCAGGGUACUCUUUCAACAGCCAGACAUGCAACCUGUUCGAGAGGUCCAUGGUGCACCCCAGAGCAUGCGUGCCAUCACGGAUCUCUAGAGACGUUCCGGCGAUCGUCUUACGCACACCAGAGGUCAGCACCAGGAGAAUCUCAGGCAUCUCUGAGAAUUCUUUUAUGAGUCAAAAGUACGACCUGUUCGAGAGGUCCAUGGUGCCUCCCAAAGUAGAGCUGCCUUCUUUCAUCUCUGAGGACGUCCCGGCGGUUGUCCUGAAAACCCCAGAGGGCAUGAGAAGAAUCAGUGACAGAGACUUGUCCGAGGGCCAGUCCAUGACUCUAGGCCUGAUAGAGGCAUUGAUGAUUGAGAUGUUCAGGGGAAAGACAGCUUUGCGUCUUUUAUAG